UCAACUGGGUGUUUCUAACCAAAGCAAAAUGUUCUCCAAAAUCAUCGUCAUCUAUGCUAUGGUGGCAGCAAGCAAUGCAGGUCUCCUGCAUCAUGCACCAGCAGUGUCUCAUAAUUAUAUUAACCAUGAAGUCCAGGGACAUUACGCUGUCCAUGCAGCUCCCUCAUAUCAUGGGUCCCAGAUUUCUCCAAUUCAUACAUCAAUUGUCCACCCAGCUCCAGCUGUUCAUGCAGCGCCCGUUGCUUAUACAGCCUCUGUACACGCUGCCCCAGCAGCUUAUGCCUCACCUGCUCACUCAGCCCCUGUCUCCCAUGCUGCUCCAGUUGCUCAUGGGGCAUCCAGUGCUCACGAAGAUGACCACUACGUAGGAGAAUUCGCUCAUCCCAAAUAUGGCUACUCUUACUCCGUCGAGGAUCCCCAUACUGGUGACCACAAGUCCCAGCACGAGACUCGUGAUGGCGAUGUCGUAAAGGGCGAGUACUCUCUUCUUCAACCUGACGGUUCCUUCCGAAAAGUCACCUACACCGCUGACCACCACAAUGGAUUCAACGCUGUGGUUCACAACACUCCACCCGUCAUCCAUCAUCAUUGAGACGUUGCAAAACUGUGAUAUUAGUAGGUAAUUUAGUGCGUAGAUAAUCCAGAAAUGUAUUUUCGAAAAUCCAGCUCUUUUAUCUAUUGCUUUAUUAUUAUAAAAAUUGUAAAUAUGGUUUCUCUACAAAGAAUAAUUCAAUAAAAGCACAUGGAAA